ACACACACGCGCGCGGCCGCGUACGCACACACACACACACACACAGCUGGAAGAUCAGCAAGUAAAAAGGAACACGGAGCGGAGAAGAAGGAGAAGAAGGAACAGGAGCAGGAGAAACCUCGAUGCUGCUUUCUUCACUCCUCACGAGCUUCUGGACUUUAGGAUGUGUCGCGCGCUGCUGGUUAUUAAUGUCCCGGUCCUAAUGUCACUAUAAAAGAGUGUGGUGUUUUGGUGUUUUUUGGAGUUUUUGGUGUUUUUUUUCCGUUCCCUCGCCACUCCUACCGAGCCGAGCGCCGAGCGCGCGCGCGAGAUGCCAGCAUGCGCCCGGUGACGCUGCCGUUGCUGUUGUUCGCCUGUCUCGCGCUCCGGAGGCCGGCCGCGUGCCUGGAGCGCGUGUCCGCGCGCGAGCGCUUCAAGGUGGUCAUCGCGCCGCUCAUCUGCAAGCGCACGUGCGAGCGCAACGGGCAUUGCCGUGACACGUGCGAGCACGGCAACAACACCACUCUGAUCGGGGAGAACGGACAGGCCGCUGACACCCUCACAGGACACGGCUUCAGAGUCGUGGUGUGUCCCCUGACGUGUGUAAAUGGAGGUGUGUGUAGUAACCGUACACACUGUCUCUGCCCACCGGGUUUCACAGGCAGACUGUGCCAGUUUCCUCUCCGCACUCAGGCCUCACGCGGCAACAAGCAGCCGUUCUACACUCUACAGGUGAGGCCAGAUGGUGCGGGUUUGUCAGAUUCAAGUGGAUCAGCUGGACGCCAGCAGCUCACACACACACACUUUACACUGCCACUGCCCCAGGGCACCGGCCAUCACUCAUCUGAGGUGCAGUUUAACGUACGUGUCCAUCAUUCGCCCGACACCUCCGUUGUCAUCCAAUCUUUCGACCAUUCCGAGGCCAAGCUUCCUAAAGGUGUGACACGCCUUCCUCCACUGACACAAAAGCCCAGGGGGCGGUGCUUUCAGGAGACCACGCCCAAACAAGCUUGUAGCAGUAACCCUCUCCCUGGUCUGACUAAUCAGGAGGACUGCUGUGGCAGUGUAGGAAAUUCCUGGGGCCAAAACAAAUGCUACAAGUGUCCAAAGCUCCCAUAUGCCGGGAAGUCACAGACGAUAAUCGAGGAAUUCGGCUCCACAUGCCCUCAAGGUUACAAAAGAUUAAACCGAACACACUGCCAAGAUAUUAACGAGUGUAUGAUGCAGGGUGUUUGUCAGAACGGUGAGUGUUUGAACACACAGGGAAGUUUUCGCUGCACCUGCAAACCAGGAUACGUCCUGAAAGACAGAACGCGCUGUGUUGUGGUGGACCAGGGUCCGUGUUUCCUCAUAGUGUCCGAGGCGGGUCGUUGUGAAUACGCUCUCUCCACCAACAUUUCACGAGAGCUCUGCUGCUGCACCGUGGGCAAAGCCUGGGGCUCCAACUGCGACAGAUGCCCGCAGGACGGCACCGCCUCCUUCAUUAAGAUCUGUCCGGCAGGAAAGGGAAUGUCAUACCUUCAUUUCCGCAGCACUUUGGCCAUCCAGCCCGACUUCCCGCUUUUACCUCACAAGGAGAUCAAACCACCGGAAGUGCCUGUCCAGGUGACCACACCCAUGCAGCUCCAGCCAAUCAGCACACACGUCCCUCGUGUCCCAGUUCUUAUUCCUCGGCCGACGACACAUCCCAUAAUCCACAUUCCACGCGAGAAAGAAACUCUGGCAGUGGCUCAGACGCAGGUCUCGCAGGUAGACGAGUGUAAACUGAACAGGAACAUCUGUGGUCAAGGAGAGUGUAUAAACACACAUAAUGGCUUCACGUGUCAGUGCAAAGCUGGAUACCGUCCUCACACCCAGAGGAAGAGCUGUGUAGAUGAGAACGAGUGUGAGGGGGAGCCCUGUGGUCAUGGACGGGGCACAUGCAUCAACACCGUCGGCUCGUACCGCUGCAACUGUCACCCCGGCAACCAGCUGAUCGGACAUCACGUGAAGCCGCGUUGUGUGGAUAUUAACGAGUGCUCAACACCAGAUAUCUGCGGGAUCGGAGGUCACUGCGUCAACCUGCCCGGCUCGUACAAGUGCGACUGCGUGCCUGGGUUCAGGAGCAAAUCACGAAGGCAACCUGUGUGUGAAGAUAUUAAUGAGUGCUUGGACCCUGCUACUUGUCCAGAUGCACAGUGUGAGAACACAGUUGGAUCGUAUGAGUGUAUUCCCUGCCAGCCUGGACACAAGGUGCAUGGGGGAGUGUGUUACGAUGUGAACGAGUGUCAGAAGAGAGGAGUGUGUGUGAACGGGCGGUGUGAGAACUUACCCGGAACGUACCGGUGUCUGUGUAACGAGGGCUUCCGACCCGAGGCUGACGGCAAGAGCUGCCAGGAUUUUAAUGAGUGCCAGGACACCCAUUUGUGUGCGAAUGGGCACUGCAUAAACACAGAAGGCUCGUUUCAGUGCCAGUGUUACCCUGGAUACCAGCCGACCCAGGAGGGCAGCCACUGCGAGGAUAUAAAUGAGUGCGAGCGAGCGUCCAACUGCCAGAGGGGGCGCUGCAUCAACACCAUGGGCUCCUACCGCUGCGAGUGCCAGAAAGGAUACAUGCUGGUUAAUGGACGCAGAUGUCAAGAUAUAGACGAGUGUGAGGUGGACAGAAGUCUGUGCCAACCCCAUGGAGUGUGUGAGAACAGGCAGGGCGGAUAUGUGUGUGUGUGUGAUGACGGCUUUAUUCUGGCCGAAGACAAGCACAGCUGUGAUGAGGUAGUGCAGGAUGUGGACAAUAAGAAGGAAUGCUACUUGAACCUGGAUGACACGGUGUUCUGCGACAGUGUUCUCGCCACCAACGUGACAAAGGAGGAGUGCUGCUGCUCAGUGGGAGUGGGCUGGGGGGAUCACUGUGAGAUCUACCCCUGCCCCGUCUAUCACUCCGAUUAUGAGACUGACGCGCUGCCUACUGCGCCAACGAGGCCUUACCACUCUCUAUGCCUGGGACGAGGCUUUUACCUCGAGGAGGGACUGAUGGAGUACGGCCUGCCAGUGCACAGAGAUAUAGACGAGUGUGUGCUGUUUGCGAAUGAAAUCUGUAAGGAGGGUCGGUGCAUGAACACACAACCAGGAUUUGAGUGUUACUGUCAACAGGGUUUCUAUUACGAUGGAAACCUUCUCGAAUGUAUAGAUGUGGACGAGUGUCACGAAGAGUCUCUGUGCACUAACGGCCACUGCGUGAACACUCGCGGAUCCUUUUACUGCACCUGUAACACCCCGUGGACUCCGGACUCCACCAACAAGAAGUGUAUCCUGCCUACAGAUUUAGGCGUAAACGAAUGCCAGGACCCGUCGAACUGUAAAAACGGCCACUGUGUGGACACGCAGGAUUCCUACUACUGCAUCUGUACUUCCCCCUGGAUCCUCGGCACCGACCGCAACAGCUGCGUCACGCCCGAGGAACAGGCCGAUGUGAAUGAGUGCCUGGACCCGUCAUACUGCAGGAACGGGAGGUGUGUGAACACUCCCGGCUCCUUCCACUGCAUCUGUGCUCAGCCGCUCACCUUCAGCGCCGCACUCAAGCAGUGCGUCUACGACGACCGUACAGCUGCUCAUAAGGACGUCUGUUUUCGAGAUGUCGAUGAAGAUCUGAUCUGCACCGUCCCACAACCACGGAUGGCAGUCACCUACUCGGAGUGCUGCUGCCACUACGGCAAUGGCUGGGGUCCAGAGUGCCGCACUUGCCCCCAAAGAAAUUCAGUGAUCUUUAACAAGCUGUGUGCCAUGAACCUCGAGACCGAGUCAGACGGAGACACCGACUUUAUAGCACCUUUCAGUUAUAACCCAGAGCGGGACAGUUCAGAGGAAGACUCGGACGAGUGCAGUUGUGCAAACGGACGGUGUGUUCGCUCCUACCUGGGCACCAUGUGCGAGUGUAACCCGGGUUUCAGACUGGACCACUCACGGACACGCUGUGUAGAUAUAGACGAGUGUAUGGAGCGAUUGUCCGGGAUCGUCCGAUUAAACCCGUGCAAAAACGCCCGCUGCGUCAACACCAUAGGCUCCUUCAAGUGCAUCUGCAAAAACGGCCACUGUGUCCACAGACACAGCACGAGACACGUGUACACACACAAGAACACCAAAUAAACACGCACACACACACAAGCUUUCGCUCGUCCUUGUUCCAUCCUCCUGUAGUUUCUUGUGGUCGAUUUUUCUGUUCAUGUUUUUUAAUUCAGUCAUUUGAACCGAAGUGCCUCAUACUGUAUAUAAUUACAGAGUGAUGCCAUUUUUACAUGUACAUGUUAAGAUGUUAUUAGGCUUCCUCAUCUUCUUUCUUCUUUAUCAUCAUCAUCAUCAUCAUUGAGUUCUUUUUGCACAUCUUUGGCCCUGAUGAUAUUUCUAGAUAAAUUCUAGAUUCCUGGAAAAUUUUUUUUUUUUUAGCGCUUUUGAGUGUGAGUGCUUUUGAAAUGGACAUUGUUUUUUUAACCCAAGAGAAGCUUCAGCUUUGGAGAUUGGGAUCAGUCAGACUGGGAAAAAAUCAUAACGUGGAGUCUGUUUGCGCUAAAUACAAAACAGCCGAUUAUUAAGUAUUCAAAUAAACCUGAAACAAACGUUGCUGCAAUAUAUGGGGCAAAAGUUUUAGAACACCUGACUUUUCCAGCCACAUGUGGUUCUUCCCCAAACUUUCACUCCAAAGAUGGAGGCACACAAUUGUAUCGGAUGUCUUUGGAUGCCUUAGCAUGAAAUUUCCCCUUCAUUUAAAUUAGGAUGACAUUGGUGCACAAAACCAGCUCCAUGAAGAUAUGUUUCCAUGGGUUGGAAGCAUGUGAACGAUCUGCCUUAUUAAACCCUAUUAAAAACCUUUGAGAUGAAUUUUACAUGCUAACUGCACCCUCACGCCUCCUCACUUCCUCACCUACAUCAGUACCUGACUUUACCCUCUUGUGGCUGAAUGAAGCUUUACAAAUCUCCCCAAAACUCUAGUGGAACAUCUUCCCAGACAAGUAGAUCUUAACAGCAAAUGGGGACUCAAUAUAGAAUUGGACGUCCAUACGAAUCGUAUAGUCAGGUGUCCACAAACUUUUGGUCUAUAUAGUGUUGUUAAACCUAGUGCGAAUAGACAUCACGCUUAAAAAAACGUGUCAAUGAGCUCGUAUUUAAUGCUGGAUUUUAAACUUUACACUUCCUGAACGUUCUCCGAGCGAUGCGGUUCUACAAAUCCCUGGUACUAAAAACUUCUUUUUAAGUUUGUAAACUCUUAUAACACUUUAACACUCCAAACUGAACAUCAAAAAGAAAGUAGGUGUACCCACAAAACUCCACAAAAGUCGGGUCACAGGGAGCUGAAAGCGUCAGAAUUGCGGAUAUAGAGGGCGCUAUUACUUUUAAAUCGAUCCUUUUUUAUUUAUGGGUUUGGUUCGCUUUCUUUCUACGAAAGCCUUUUAUUUUAAACAAUUUCGGUGUCCAGCGAGGGAAAUAUUUCACUUCAUGACCCAACACUUUUUUUUUUUUAAGAAAUCCAGCAUAGUGAUUCAAAGAUGUAUUUUUUAUGAUUAUUUCUUCAAUUUCAUGAUCCUUAAAUAUAAUUUUUGAAAUAUAUUUAACUUUUGUAAAUUGAAUGUUUGAUGAAGGGGGAAAAAGGGGAUGAAGGUUUUGACCUGAAACACAACCACGACUCUAUGAGAGUCUAUGAGAAGUCUGAGGGCCAAAGAACAAUAAAUCUGAGAUGAAGUGAAACCAAAAAAAUAAAUAAAGACGUGUGUGGGUUUUUUUG